CGCCAGUGUGUUUUCAUGUCUGUCUCAGCUCGGUCCCGCGUGCCUUUGUCGCGACAGCGCUAGCAGCCUCCGGUGACGCCGUGAGUCCCCGAGCCCGACGCCCGAGGAGAUGACCGCGCCGGCUCCCCGAACCGUCCGGAGCCCAACCCGCGACCGCUUGUGGCAGCCCGAGCCGGCGCUCCUGCCCCCGGGGUGACGCACAGCCUAGAGCCGCUCAGAGAGAUGGCCCCCGGCCAGGCAUCCCAGCACUCCCCUCUCUGGAGGGACGUGCACUCCUUCUUCCUCCUGCACCCACUGAUGGGCCUUCUGAGCCGGACCUGGAGCCGCCUGAGGGGGCCGGACGCCGGACCUGGAGCAGGUGGAGGAGCGGCUGCGGCUUCGCUGGCCGGCCACCAUGCCCCCUGGGGCAGGCACCUUGCAGGGGAGACAGGAGACAGAGAGACAACUCUUAAGGAUGAAGGAAUAUUCUGGGGGACCCACCUUGACCUCCAAGCCAACAGUUCUCUUGAAGUUUGGAGAGUCUCUGAUGAUGAUGAUGACGACGGUGACAGCAGCUGGAAUAACUGUGGUGGGGAGGCAGAAGCCAGGGGCUCCAGAGAGCAGGGAAGUGGCUUUCUGGGGGGCCAACCUGCUCCCCUGUCUCCCAGCCCUCUGAGAAGAACCUUCUAUGAAGGACCCGGGGAGGAGACGUCUGCGGGAGGAAUGGCUGAAGAUAAAGAAGCGAUCUUGCAGGACGCUGUCCCCAGGGGACAGGAAGAGGAGGAAGGCAGGAAAGCUGUGACAGAAGAAGCCAGCACGACACCAGCUUGUCCCUUCACUCCAGGAUCCCAGCCCAGAGCUCGGGUGUCUGACCCGGUGGAGGGUGAGGAUGGAGCCACGGAGGAAGAAAGUAGAAGGAAGCGUCCAGAAGGCACGGAAGGGACUGCCACUCUCCCUGCAUCUCCAGGCUGCCACCCUGGGGCCGGGAAGUGUUGUUCGGGAAACAUGUCCAGCAGGGAGAAUAACAGAAACACCCAGAAAGGAGAAGCUGACCCAGAGCCACACUCGGCAUUCUCCCUGAGCCGGCAUCUUCCAUCCGGGGAGAGCACAGUGGCCGAGGGAGCCGGAGAAGAGGCAGGCUGCCUGUGCCAGCCAGGCGAGCACAUGGAGGAGUCCGAGGACAGUGACUGGGGAGCAGCUGAGGAGGAGGAGGAGGAGGCUGAGGGCCUCUCUCCUAUCCCCCCCAAGACUUUCAUGAGGGGCUGGGCGUACCAGCCGGGAGAGGACGCAGAAGCCACAGAAGAGGAGGAAGACGGUGACUGGGAAGCAGCUGAGGAACCUUCUUUGGUUCCCAAGACAAGUGCUUUCCUGCAGGCCUGGGUGUACCGGCCGGGCGAGGACACGGAGGAGGAGGAGGAGGAGGAGGAGGAGAGUGACUGGGGAGCAUCUGAAGGAGAGGGAGAAGCUGAGGGGCUCUCUUCUGCCUUCUUGAGGGCCUGGGUGUACCGGCCCAGGGACGACAUGGAGGAGGACAGUGAAGACGAAGAUCACGGUCACUCAGCAGCCGCCACCUCUGGGGCAAGGACCACCCUCCAGACCCAGAGCGCCCCACUCAGAGGCUGGACGGCGGGUGGACGUGGAGCUGAGUUCGAGGGGAGGGAAGCGGCUGAGCGCCGCCCCUUCCGAGUGGCCAUCUACUUACCAGGCGAGAGGCCACCACCCUCCUGCUCUCCUCCCCGGCUGCCCCACCGGCUACAGCGCCGCCUCAAGAGUGCAGAACCCCCCAGCCAGCUUCCAGAUCCUGGGACUCCACCCCAGGGCAGAAAGGUGCGCUUCUCUGAAGAGGUCUCCGUGCACAUCCUGGCUGUGUGGGCCGGCCCAGCCCAGGCUGCCCGCCGGGGGCCCUGGGAGCAGAUGGCCCGGGAUCGCAGCCGCUUUGCCCGCCGUAUCGCCCAGGCCCAGGAGGAGCUGGGCCCCUGCCUCACCCCUGAGGCCAGAGCCCGCGCCUGGGCCCGCCUCACCAACCUACCUGCGGCUCAGACCUUGCCCUCCGUCCAGGCCACAGCCUCUCCCUCCUCAUCCCCCUGCGUGGACCUCAGUGGGAGGCGUGGUUAGGAUCAAGUGUCUUCCUGUUUUAUUUAUUGAUUUAUUUAAGUGUUGUUUCUAUGAGGAAAUAAAAUAAAGCCUUUCGGUUUGUAGUG